CUUCUUUGUCUCCGGUGCAGCGUCUCGAUACGAAGGCUCUGGCCGUUUUUUUCCACUUAGUUUUUGAGGAUAUAUUUACACAUAUAUCCCUAAUUUUUCAAUAUUGAAUGACAGUCGACUCUGAACUAUUUAUGCCGAAAAGUAAAGCGCCCAAAAUGGAUGACCUGGACUACAUCCCAGUAGACCUGAGCCCAGAGGAGCGCUCUGAGCUCGAGGACAUCCGCAGGAGAAAGGGCGUCCUGCUCCAAGAGAUCCAGAGGCUCAGGGAGGAAUUAAGAGAAGCUAUUAUGGAGGUGGAGGGACUGGAGACCAGCACAGAGGGCAGUAAAACUCUACAGAAAAGCAGGCAUGUGGCAAUGGGAAGGAAGAAAUUCAACAUGGACCCAAAAAAGGGCAUUGUGUUUCUGGUGGAGAACGAGAUGCUCAGACACACUUCAGAGGACGUCUCUCAGUUCUUGUACAAAGGAGAGGGACUCAACAAGACGGCUAUAGGAGAUUACCUGGGAGAAAGGGACGACUUCAACCUCAAAGUUCUUCAGGCUUUUGUGGACCUCCAUGAGUUCACUGAUCUCAACCUCGUCCAGGCUCUCAGACAGUUCCUGUGGAGUUUCCGUUUGCCCGGUGAAGCUCAAAAGAUUGACAGAAUGAUGGAGGCUUUUGCUCAGAGAUAUUGCCACUGCAACCCCGGUGUCUUCCAGAGCACAGACACAUGUUAUGUGCUGUCAUUUGCCAUCAUCAUGCUGAACACGAGCCUCCAUAACCCCAACGUGAGGGACAAACCCGGAUUGGACCGCUUCAUCUCCAUGAACCGAGGCAUCAACGAGGGAGGAGACCUGCCGGAGGAUCUACUCAGAAAUCUCUACGAAAGCAUAAAAAAUGAGCCCUUCAAGAUCCCAGAGGACGACGGCAACGACCUGACUCACACGUUCUUCAACCCGGACAGAGAGGGCUGGCUCCUUAAACUCGGUGGACGGGUGAAAACCUGGAAACGGCGGUGGUUCAUUCUCACAGACAACUGUCUUUAUUACUUUGAAUACACCACAGAUAAGGAGCCGCGAGGUAUAAUUCCCUUGGAAAACCUAAGUAUCCGUGAGGUGGAAGAUCCAAGGAAACCAAACUGCUUUGAGUUGUACAUCCCCAACAACCGCGGUCAGCUGAUUAAGGCUUGUAAGACAGAGGCUGAUGGGAGAGUGGUGGAGGGGAACCACAAUGUUUAUCGCAUCUCCGCCCCCACACCUGAGGAGAAGGAUGAAUGGAUCCAUAGCAUCAAAUCUGCCGUCAGUGUGGAUCCCUUCUAUGAAAUGCUCGCAGCCAGGAAGAAACGUAUAUCACUGAAGAAGAAGGAGGAACAACCGUAAAUGAUGCCCUUUUUUCACUCCGUCUUCCUCUGUCCUUCACAUCUCUCCUUCCAACAUGGGACGCAUUUUUUUCUCUGAUCUUUGCUACCUGCGGUCGCAGGUUUUGUUUUCCCACCUUCCCUCACGCAUCCAGAGUGAAGAGCUAAUCCACUAAUGCUGCUUGUUAUCUUAGUUCUUGAUGCUACUGCUGUUAUAUUCAACUCAACACACUACAGCCACAACACGCCUGUCCUGUACUUUCAUCACGUCUCUCAUUCAGCAUUUCAUUCAACUGUGAAACAAGUCAUAAGCCAUAUUCACACUAAUGCAGACCAUUUCAAAAAAAGCUUUCCUGUUUUGGCCUUUAAUUUAUUCACAACAAAUUUUCAAAUGUUGGGCUUCAAAAGUAGGAUUCAAAAAGGCAAAGACUUCCAUAAUUUCUGGUUAUCUUGAUCCAUUUUAAGAAUCUUGUUAAGGUGCUAUUUCCUCUACACACUUAAUUAACAAAGUCGCUCUGCAGAAAUACUUAUGGUUAUUUGUGCAUGCCUAAUGGAAGCCAUCUUAUAUUUGUGUAUUUUAUUGGCUUUUCAGCAUCUAUAAGAUUCUCAAUCUAAAAAGUCUAUUGUGGAUCAAAAGCGUUCAGAGAUGUAUCCCCAUUAGUGUGAAUAUUGUUUUAUUCAGGGUAGCAAGCAGCUUCAGUUGUCAUGAAUUAUUCUUUCAGGUGGAUGAAUGCUGCCUAAAUGAGAAAUUGCCUUUCUUGACCGUGCUUGACACAGACAAAAUGUGAAUUCACUACUCAAACACACUACAUCCGGUUUCAUUCGGUCAGGAAGGAGUAAAACAAAAGCAGCAAAUGAUUUUAGAAUUUUGAGAUGUGUCCAUUACUCAACGGCUCCAUCGUAAUAUCGGCUCUUAUACACUGUAACCAAUAUGUGAGGAAAAUGUCCCUGAUCAUAUCACCAAGCUGCUGAUGAUCUUAAGAUAUGAUCGCUCCUUGAGACAAAAAAAUCACUUAAGUAUUAAAGGACCAGUGUGUAGGAUUGAGAGAAAUAUGUUGGUAUAAAUUAAUAUAAUAUUCACAAGUAUGUUUUCAUUUGUGAAUAAUCCCCUGACACUAGGAUUUAUAUAGGGUGGAUCCUUUACAGCUACAGAGACACGUUAUUUUCCACACAUUUUCUCCAUGUUGCAUCAUCAUGUUUCUAUAGUAGUGGAAACAGACAAACUGAACAACAGCUCUGGGUGUGACUUUUCUUGUUUUGGGCCACUUAAGAUUCUCUUGCAUGCUUUUAGAGGGAAGGGUGAUAGGUGGGGUAUAAUUCUGGUUGCAAUUUUCUAUCUCACCACUAGAUGCCGGUAAAUCCUACACGCUGGUCUUUCAAGUAGUUAGUCUUCUUGCUAACAGCUGCUUUCAGCUCACAGAGAAAACUUGUAUAUUUUCUUCAGCAUGUCUGAAAACCAGUGAAAUAGAAACCCAGUCCAGGGCUUCGUUAUCGAAUCCUUUAUAACACUAUAGUGAACAGUUAUCAUCAUGUCCUCUCAUAUUUAACCUUGCAGCAUGCCAUAAACCAUUUCCUGCUUGUUCAGCACUACUAGACAACCCCUGAACUCUCUCUCUCUCUUUAGUAAUAACAUCCCUUAGAGCCAGAUCUGUCCGCUUUCGCGAGUUUCAUGAAUCACAAAGGCAGCUCAUUACAAUGUAUACUUUUUGUAAAUAGAUGUUAGCAUAUUUGUUUACGAUACACAUAGAAAUGAUUUAAUUUAUUCUUUAUCUUUUGUUAAAUUCUGAUUUUUGUACGAGCUACUGUAGACCUGCAUGUUGAUAAACGGAGGCAUCGGUUGUAGUCACCGAUGUGUCGCUGAUCAUGCUAGUGCACUGAUUUGAAAAGUGUUAGUGUUCCCUGUUGACUUAGACAAACUGCUUUUAAUGUGGAAGCGGAUUUAUGCCUAAAGUAAAUUGUUACUAUUAUUAGUUUCUUUAGGAAAGAUAAUUGGGAGACGUGGUCUGAUUUAAUUCCAGAUCUUGAUGUUAAUCAGACUCAGUAAAGCACAAACAGAUAUUACUCUCACUGUCUGUUAAACUAAUGUUUUUAAACCAUUGGCUGCCUGCUGUCCUGCAAUUUUAAAUCAUAUUACAGUGAUAAAAACAAACAGACGAAAAAACAAGGAACACUAAUAAUCUUUGAUUCAUUACGUGAUAGUAAAAUCAUUCAGAUGUAAUGAAUCACUAACAAGUUUAGCUUAAUGUCCAGUGAUAGAUUUGCUUGACUUCCAGUUCAUAAACUGUUAUUUCUGGUAGUUUGUUGAAGUUGGCAUUUUUAGAUGGUAGGAACAAUUAUCUACUGCACUUUAUCAAUUUUAGCAUUUUGAAGAAAAUGCCAUGACUUUGACUGACAAUACAACUCCGGUACUGUGUAGCGCCCUCUCCUGGUGGUCCAACAGAGACACAAAUACAUGCACACUGCAAUAUGCUGAUGGAUGAAUCAUGAACUGUGUUGAAAUGUACAACUCCAUCUGCCGGGCAGUUCCAGCUGUAGCCGCAACAGUUUCUGUAUCAGCUCAUCUGAUAGAGAUUGUGUCGCAUGAAGCUGAACGAGCUCUUUUCUGUGUGAUCGAAAUAUUGCCACCUUUUUUUUAAAGACGCAGCCAGUGAUUGGUCAUUGGAGCACAGAUCAAUGAUUGCCUUUUUACUCUCCCACUUCAUCAAACUGACCUGAAGGCCUACUUGUACAGCCAUGUUAGUGCACAGAGCACAUGGGCUGUCUGUAGGCCUCCACCUUCUGGGUAUUCUUGAAGUGCAAAGUUGCCAAAAACACUUACUGUCUGGACACAUAAUGUUUCUAUAUAACAACAGAACGAACACAGAAAUUAAUCCAACCAAAACUGGUCCUCUGUCUCUGAUUCCUUUGACCGCCAGAGUCACCUCUUUACGAAGAAACACCUUUAUUUUGUAUUUAUUUAUUUUUAUUUACUGUGAGGUGAAGAUGGAUAGAUCAUCUGUAAAUGUAGCAAAAGGAAAACCACGAUUCAUUGGUGCCAGAAAACUACUGUGUAACAAUAAACGGUGAACAGAGA